AUGGGAAGGCGCUCGGACCACCCAAAUUUUGAAAGUGGUAGUUUCUCAAGCAAGCCAGCUCCAAGUUCAGCAGCGGCUUUUGCUUUGCUCGUGGGGACCUUUGUGACCACCGCCACGACCACCGACCGCUCGACCCAAGCCAGUAUACAGCGUCGACGUCGGCCAGGGGACGAAAGUUGGGACUGCAGUCAUUUCAUUCCAGCUAGAGGAGGGAGGAACCCGAAACCACACAAACACGAACUACCUACUACUUACUACCACCGGCGAACAACCUCUCGAACCGAACGGUAUAUCACCACCACCAUGGCCACCGCCGCCGCUUCAGCUGUCCGCCCCUCCCUGGGCGCAGCCUUCAAACUCACCCCCUCCCCCUCCUCCGUCAGGAUAUCUCACCAACUGGUAUCCCUAACCCGCCCCAUGUCCACGACCGCCCCCCUCCUGAAAAGACACACCUACCCCGGCGCGCGCUCCAACAAGGACAUGUCCAAAUCGCGCGGGCAGUCGGCCCUCCGCCGGACCGGUCUCCGCUGGAGGCUCUCCAUGUCCGACGACCCGCUCCCCAAGCCUCGAUCCCGCGAGGAGCUGCCUCCUGUCGAGGUCGACCCUGAUCACGGGCUGUGGGACUUUUUCCCCAACCGGGAGACGGUGGCGGCUUCGCCAGAGGAUGACAUGAAGCAUGGGCGGGGGUGGAUGGUGGAGGAGCUGAGGGGGAAGAGUUGGGAGGAUCUGCAUAGGUUGUGGUGGGUUUGCGUGAAGGAGCGGAACAGGAUUGCGACGGGGGCGUGGGAGAGGGAGAGGGGGAAGAUGGGGUUUGGGAAGAGCGAGGCGCAGGGGAGGGAUAGGGAGGUUCGGGUUACGAUGCGCGGUAUUAAGCAUGUGUUGACGGAGAGGUUUUAUGCUUGGGAGGAUGCGGUUAAGUUGGCGGAGAGUGAUCCUGAGAUUGAUUUGAGUGGGAAGGGGAGAGCUUUCACGCCGAGGGAGUUCCUUGAGGAGGAGGCUGCUGAGGCCAAGGUUGUGGAUUACCUUGUUGAGGAGGAGGCUGCUGAGGUCAAGGCUGAGGAGAAGGCUGUGGUACCACCACCAGAGACGAAUGUUCAGGGCGAGGCGGCGAAGUUAUAA